AUGGCUCCUGUUUCGUGCACCGUAAAUUUAGCUUUGGCAGCUACUGCCGUGGCAUUGGUCCUUAAAACUAAAGAUAAAAAACAAAAGAGAAAAUUGACUAAAGAUUGGCUACUGAAAAGAUUGCAAUAUUCACAUGUAAAUUUAUUAAAUGAUUUUCGGUUCCAUUCUGAAGACUGGCACAAUUACUUUAGGAUGGAUAAGAAACCUAAUUUGUAUUACUUCAGUUAUUUACACCUCUAAUAGUAAAACAAGAUACUUAUAACGAAAAUCAACCCCUCAUGAACGGUUGCAGCGAGUGGCGACAUUGCGCUUUUUAGCUACUGGUUUUUAUAACUUACAGUUUUAGUUCGAACACCGAAAACGGACACGCACCUUCGGCUUACUUCAUUUCGAACACCAAACACGGACAAAAAAUCAAACUCCUCAAUUUUUAUUCCGCUUCCGUAUACAGUUACGUAACGUUUUUCAUCCGUUUUCUUGCCCACACACUAUCGGUGUACGUUGUUUGAACUACACCGUAUACCGUACACCGACAAAUAAAAUCGUAGUGUGUGGCGGCCUUGUGGAAAAUAUUAAAAGGAAUAAAAUCUAUAUUUUGUCAUUUUUGGAUUGGAGCAAUAUUUCUGGUAAAAAACACCGUGCAAAUUUAAUAAAACUAUAAAAACAGUUAUGUGGCGGCGUGAAUUUCAAAUAUAAUAAUUAAUUAAUAUAAUUUUAUUUUAAGUACUUUUUGGUGUUUUAUCUUAUUAUGCAUCUCCAUAAUAAAUUCCCUGCGGGCGUCCAUGCGUCAUUAAAACCAAUAAAUCCUUCGCUACGUUCUGAAUCUAAAAGUAUUUUUAUAAUAAUUGUACCUAUUGGCUAUUUCAGACCAUUAUUUAAAAGGGAAAAAAGUCACAACUUGUAUUUUAACGAAACAAAACAUACUUACGAAUAUAAUAUCAAAAUAUUAAUAAUUUCUAUGACAGAUUUCGAAUUGUUUUAUAGAAAAUAAAUUGACUCAUAAAUCAGAUUCUGAAUUAAUAUUGUCUGCUAUGUCGUUUAAUGAAUACUUCGUCAAGAUGAUUUUCUGUUAAAGUCGAUCUGUGAUAAUCUUUGAUUAUUUUUAACGAUCUCAUAUAUCUUUCAGUACUAGCACCUAUUUAUAGAUAGAAUAAGAAAAAUUCUACAUAAAAGUAGGUAUUGUAUUUCUUCCAACGAGCGAUUAACAAUUGUUUUUUUUAAUAUUUAGUCAGAGAGGGUUAAAUUGGCCUAAUCGAGCAUAUUAGACUUGCUCGACCGUUUAAUUUGUAACUGAUGAUAUUGUCCGACAAAUAGGAAGUUGAACCCGAACAGUACUAUUUUACUGACCAAACUAAAUUUCCUCGACCCAGGCCUCUCAUUCCCCAACUGGGCUACAAUUCGAAAGAUACUCCGUAAGUGGCUAACCGACGUUAUAUUCAAAAUCAGCUUUUCACUACCAUUCGUAGUUUUAAUUUAUUUAUAUAUCCUGAUAACGAUAUUUUCCACCAACAUAAGUGGCACUUGGUAGAAACAUAUUUAGGUGCAAACCCAUGAAGGGUUUUCCCUCCACACCAUCCAAUAUUGUAUUAAUAUUUUACUGAUGCUACUACAAGAUUAGUAAAAAAUAUAUCAAAUUAAAAUUCCAUAUAAUAUCGUCAUAAUCAUGAAAUCACCAGGAGUCAGGACCAAUACAAGUAGGUUUUUGCCUCCUUCGAACAUAGCGAUUAAUCGCUCAAAAUUAAACAUGUACUAUUAUAUGGGUUUAUUCACACACGUAAACGAGAUGCGCAUUCGAACGCGCCGAAACGCGCAUGUUUAAUUUUAAACGUUUAUUAUCUAUACCGAAUUGAACAAUAAUUUCCCAGUGUAUUUUUAAUGCAUUUCCGUUUUAGAUAAGAUACGGGCGAUUUGAACGCCGCGUUAUAUUUUCGUUCAUUUAUAAUUUGUGCCUUCAACCUUGUACAAUCUCCGUACAAUUAUACAAUACAUUUAUAUUAUAAAGAGGUUUGACACUGAAGAGUUUAUUCUCAAAAUGUCGAAUAAAGAACCAUUUUAUGGUCUUUUUAAAUUAAGAAGAUAUAUCCUAUAUCGCCAUUUCACAUUUUAGGUUCCGAGCGUGGUGAGGGAGCAUUGGUUUUACUAAGAUGUUUAUUUCUUUUUUUUUCUUCUAGUCUCUAGACACGUUAUUCCUAGUAAAAUUGCUCCGAUUUUUACGUGUAGCACUUUUUCUGAAAGCUAUAUUGUCAAGUCGUCUAGAUUAUAAAUUAAAGAGAUUAUUUUUUGAUUUACGACGUCAUUUUUUAAAGAAAAGCAUUUAAGUGGGAAAAAAACGUAGGAAAACGUAUAAUUUCACGAUUUCAUUAUUUUAUGAAAAUACGGACGACAUUUUCUACCAGAAAAAUGAUUUAAUCGAAAAAUCACAAAACACGUUUUUUGUUGUCCUUUUGAUUUCUUUCUCACGGUAUCAUCGCCAAAACUUUUAAGCCACUUUUGAACUUUUAAAGAGUUUUAAUUUUUGGUAGUUUUUUGCUGUAAAUUCAGUUAUAAAUACACGUAGACUUGAAACUUGGUAAUAAUAUUUAUUUUUGACUUACCUAGACGUGGUAAAAUUUUCCAAAAUCAUCGAACGACUUUUUUUUUUUUAAAUAAACGUUUUGAAAUCAAAUUUAAACGAAAAUAGCAAAAAAAAUUAUGGCAUUUCAAAUUGUGUAUUACCGAACUUAUCGUUGUUUACAGAUAUAAUUGAAAUAACCUUAUGUAUCCUACCUUUCCAAAUUCCCACCUACAACAGUGGCUGCACCCAUCCUUAGUAUCAGCUCUUUUUUUAUUUUUAUUUUUGUUCAUAUUCCUCGUGUAGUGCGAACAUAACACAUGCUUCUAUACCGUUAAAGCUUUCUAUUUCUGAAAAUAUUAAACGAAAUAACAGUGGAUUGCAACGCGAAGUACUGUACAUGUGA